UAGUUAUCAAUUCGUCGCUCAGCCUUCGUUAGCUGUUGCCGAAUGAUUCCAUCCCAACUAUUUCAGUCUCGAAUUAAAGUCGCCAUAGUGUGGUUUGCUUUAAGUUGUUGUACAGUUUCCGACACAUAAAAAGAGAAAUUAAUUAAACUGCAGAUUACAAAGUCAAAAUGGUCAUUAAUUUUGCCGCUGGACCAGCUAAAUUACCGGAAGAGGUGCUGAAGGAAGCGCAAGCUAAUUUACUAAACUGCAAUGGAACUGGCAUUUCCAUAAUGGAGAUGUCUCAUCGUUCACCAAAUUACGGCGUUUUUCAUGAAUUAGCCCUAAGAGAUUUACGGGAACUACUUAACAUUCCAACUAACUAUAAAAUUCUACUUUUGCAAGGCGGUGGCACUGGCCAAUUCGCUGCAGUGUGUUUCAAUCUAAUGGGACGAACCGGCGUGGCUGACUAUGUUGUAACCGGCUCUUGGUCCGCCAAGGCAGCAAAAGAAGCUGAACAAUAUGGCAAAGUCAAUUUCGUAGUACCGAAAGUGCAGAAAUACACCACUGUGCCCGCACAAGAUACGUGGAAGCUUGAUCCCAACGCCUCCUAUGUUUACUACUGUGACAAUGAGACUGUCGAUGGUGUGGAAUUUGAUUUUGUGCCAGCGCUGACAAAUGGUGUGCCACUAGUUUGCGACAUGUCUUCGAAUUUUCUUUCACGUCCCAUUGAUGUCAAAAAGUUUGGUUUGAUCUUUGCCGGCGCACAAAAAAAUGUUGGACCAGCCGGCGUAACGAUAGUUAUCGUGCGAGAAGAUCUAAUUGGCCACCACAUGAAAGUCACGCCAUCGAUUUUGAACUUUGAACAAAUGGCUAGAAACGAUUCACUUCUCAAUACGCCUCCAACGUUUUGUAUUUACGUUAUGGGACUCGUAUUCAAAUGGAUUAAGCGUAACGGUGGUGUCGCAGGUAUGACUAAAAAUGCUGCAACAAAAUCAAAGCUGAUCUACGAUGUAAUCGAGAAGUCGAAUGGUUUCUACAGUUGUCCGGUGGAGAAGCGCGUGCGCUCACGAAUGAAUGUACCGUUCCGUAUUGGAAGUGUCGAAGGUGUUGAUGCCUUGGAAAAAAAAUUCCUUGCUAAGGCGGAGUGUCAAGGCAUGAUUCAAUUGAAAGGACAUCGUUCCGUGGGCGGUAUAAGGGCGUCACUUUACAACGCUAUUACAGUGGACGAGACUGAGCAGUUGGCUAAACUCAUGACAGAAUUCUUCCAAAAUAAUAAAACUCAAAAUUAGACAUAUAUAUGUAACAUAUGAUGUUUAUAGUAGAUCAAUAAGUUGCAAACAAAUCAAAUCCUCUUCGCAUUAUUUAGUAACUAUUUUUGUAUGACUAUACGCUAAGUUUUUUUUUUGCUACUAAAGAGAAUGAAUUAUUUUUUAUGGUAAAAACUUAUUAAUGGUAGAGCCUCUAAUAAAGUGAUUUUGUCAGUUUACGAAA